AUGAGUCCUCCACAAGACAUCGCAGGCGGCAUCAGCAACCUGGCGCGCCAGGUCUCGAACAGCCUCUCCCUCAGCACCAGCCCAACUCUUCAAUUCCACAGCCCGCCCAACAGCUUCCGACCGCCGCCGCAGCACGCCGGCAGCUUCAGCAAUGCUGGCACACUGUCCGCCAACCAGCUGGCCCAGCGCCUGAAGCCCUUCAACACAAAGGAGAUCAAGGUGCUGCUGCUGGAGAACGUCAACGUCGCCGGCAUCGAGAUUUUGAAGAAGCAGGGCUACCAGGUCGAGGCGAUCAAGAGCAGUCUGCCCGAGGACCAGCUCAUCGAGAAGAUUCGCGACGUGCAGGUCGUCGGCAUUCGCUCCAAGACCAAGCUCACCAAGAAGGUGCUGGAGGAGGCCAAGAACCUGAUUGUCAUCGGUUGCUUCUGCAUCGGCACGAACCAGGUCGACCUCCAGACGGCCGCCGAGAACGGUAUCGCUGUGUUCAACUCGCCCUUCAGCAACUCUCGCUCCGUCGCCGAGCUCGUCAUCUCGGAGAUUGUUGCGCUCGCUCGUGAGCUGGGCGACCGCUCGAUGGAACUGCACAACGGUGUAUGGAACAAGGUUAGCAAGGGCUGCUGGGAGGUUCGCGGCAAGACACUGGGCAUAGUCGGUUAUGGACACAUCGGUAGCCAGCUGAGCGUGCUGGCCGAGUCCAUGGGUAUGCAGGUCAUCUACUACGACGUCGUGACCAUGAUGGGUCUUGGUACAGCGCACCAGGUCGAGACGCUCGAUGAGCUGCUCGAGCAGGCCGACUUCGUCUCGCUCCACGUCCCCGCGACAGCGGACACCAAGAACCUCAUUGGCGCCAAACAGUUUGAGAAGAUGAAAAAGGGCAGCUACCUCAUCAACAACGCUCGCGGCACCGUUGUGGAUAUCCCUGCCCUCAUCGAGGCCUCACGCUCAGGCAAGCUCGCCGGUGCUGCCAUCGACGUCUUCCCCCACGAGCCAGCUGGCAACGGCGACUACUUCACCAAUGACCUAAACUCAUGGACCAAAGACCUGGUUGGCCUCAAGAACAUCAUCCUGACACCCCACAUUGGUGGUAGCACCGAGGAGGCUCAGAGCGCUAUCGGUGUCGAGGUCUCAACAGCUCUUGUGCGCUACGUCAACGAGGGCGCGACACUCGGCGCGGUCAACAUGCCCGAGGUAAAUCUGAGAGGAUUGUCGCUCGAGGAGGCCAACUGCAUGCGCGUCAUCUACAUCCACAAGAACGUCCCCGGCGUGCUGCGACAAGUCAACGGUAUCCUGCUCAACCACAACAUUGACAAGCAAAUGUCCGAUUCAAGGGGCGAGGUUGCGUACCUCAUGGCGGAUCUCAGCGAUGUCAAGGAGGGCGAGAUUAGGGAUCUCUUCCACAGUCUGCAGGGGCUGUCUUCGUGCAUUCGCACAAGAGUGCUGUACGGUUAG